AUGAUCCCUCCAUUGAGCAACGGGAACUACGUUCAAACAAGCCAGCCGAGCACCAACAACUGGCUUCUCCAGCGCUCGUACCAUGGAGCCCAAGAUGUGACUGACAAUCGGGUUUCAUGGACCUAUAACCCAGUGCGUCCCGAGUACGACGAUUUACACCGAACCGAGUCUCAGCCCCACCCACAUGGUCGACCUCAUCAGGAAAGCAGAGCGGAUGCGCAAUAUUCUGAUCCAGGAGAUGCAUGCUUUGAGACUAUGCCCGUGAGCCUGGACCACUACACGUUCGUCUCUCCCGAUGAAGGUUUGAGACACGAAAAUUACUGUCCAGAGAAGCAUGACACUGGUCAUUGGGACUGGUCACAGGCCGCACCCAACGUCUUGCCUAUCCACCCUCCGCUGCGCACAGAUAUUGCCAUUCAAGACCUUGGCUAUCUUGGUGGAACUUCCUACUUCUCCAAGCCAAGUCCAUCAAUGGUCACACCGCGCAACCAGAUAUCUCCAACUUCGUCUUGCUGGGACAUCGACGACAAUGCUAGUCUUGCAACUACAAACACGACAACCCCGACGGACCUCGUGCCUGAUCCUCCUACCGAGAUGGUAGAUCCACCAUUAGAGGACAUGAACCCUAGCGACAAGACUAUGGUGCCACAAAGACGUAACCUCAAAGAUCCAAACCAUUUAUAUAUGCCGAGGUGGAUCAGGGGAGAUGGCAAACAGCGAGAGGGAUGGUGUGGUGCAUGUCGCCCUGGUAAAUGGUUGAGUCUGAAGCGUAGUACCUAUUGGNUGUAG